AUGCUGGUUAAGGAGCUCGUAGAUAAGCUUCCCAACCAACACAAGCUAAACUGGGCAAUGCAACCUCGUGAUGAUAGGAUAGCAGCAGUUAAAGCAUUCAGCGAUUGGUUGUACAAGAUCGCAGAGGCAGCAUCUUCAGUAGUGGCGCCAUCGUUAGCACUCACAACAGUCGCGCAACGCAAGGACAAGCACGAUCGAACGCGAGCCAAACGGAAGCAGCUCAGCAGCAAGUUCAAUCGGGAUGCCGAACCGGAAACUGUGGAGUUAACGGAUGUACAAGGCGGCACCAUGAGCUACUUCACACGGGACAAGGCAGUACACAAAAUCUCAUUUUAUUGGUUGAACAACGUCCAGACCGUUCAGAACCUAGCACUGCUAAAACAGACAGUCGAGGUGAAAGAACAACGGAACAGAUUCCAGCAUUUGAGAGACUUACCGCUAGAGUCCUAUUCUGCCCAGCCGACAUUGCUAACCGGGUCGAAUAAUUGGAAGCUAGCAGUCCCUCGCAGGAUCCGAGAAGGGAAAUGGAACGAACCGAUAGCAUCGAAGUGUAUGCUAGGAUGGACCAUUCAAGGAUCGACGAACCCCCAACGAUCCAUUGUCAUGCAUCACUGCGACUGCGAUUGGCAGGAGCUUCAUGACGACAUUAAGGACCAUUACAGCCUCGAGACGCUCGUACCACGUAAGCUAUAUUCAGCCGAAGAUAAGCUAGCAGUCAAAAUAUUGGAGACCACCUGCCAAGAGAAGUCAGGAAAAUACGAAGUCGGUUUUCCGUGGCGUGGUGGCAUCGACAGACUGCCAGAGAGCCGCGGUAACGCUCUGAAACGCCUUACCUGCAUAAAGAAAAAGGUAUCUCAGGAACCUGAUAUGUACGAAAAGAUUGACGCCCAAGUCAGGAACCUUCUAGACAAAGGAUACGCGGUUAAGCUAUCCAAGGAGGAAACCUGCCGUGAGAACAGCCGUACGUGGUAUUUGCCGAUAUUCAUAGCGCGAAAUCCAAAUAAGCCGAGUAAGCUAAGGCUGGUAUGGGAUGCAGCCGCGAAGUCACACGGAUGUGCACUGAAUGACUACUUACUUAAGGGACCAGAUUGCCUGAACCCACUCAUAGAGGUCUUACUAGCCUUUCGUGUCAACAAGAUUGCGAUUUGCGGAGACAUUGCGGAACUGUUUCACAGGAUCAACAUCCGUGAGGAGGAUAUGCACGUGCGAUUCUUAUGGUAUGACAGAAGCAACGAUAAAGUAGAAACCUAUGUUAUGCGGGCUAUGACUUUUGGGAUCAGUUGCGCACCAUUCAUCGCUCACUUCGUUCGAGAUAAAAAUGCAGAAGCCCAUCAAGAAGAUUUCCCAUUGGCCUUAAACGCCAUCCAAAAGGCGCACUACGUCGACGACUACAUCGAUAGCAUGAGAAACGAACAGGAGGCCAUCCAGACCACCAGACAAGUCAUAGAGGUUCAUCGAAGAGGCGGAUUCGAGAUCCGCAACUGGUCUUCUAAUUCAAAAGAAGUCCUUAAGAGCUUGCAAAGUAAUGGCAAUGUUGGUAGCCAAGAACCUAUUUGCAAGGCUGAAACGCGACGUCCUGGCAGAAAACGUAGUCCCGACCAAGCGAGAAGUUCUGCAAGUCCUUAUGUCGAUCUUCGAUCCAUUAGAAUUCUUGUCGUGCCAGACGAUUGGGUUGAAAAUACUUCUCCAGCGUAUAUGGCGGCAAAAUAUUGCUUUUCCCCAGACACAUCAGACCCACGUCAAACGGAGCUCCAUACAUUCGUCGACGCCAGCGAGUAUGCGAAUUCUGCUGUUUGCUUCUUGCGUGUAGCAAUGGAUGCCAAAGUCGACGUCUCUUUGGUGAUAGCGAAGUCGAAGGUGGCACCUUUAAAACCACUCUCGAUUCCGCGUAUGGAGCUGCAGGCAGCAGUUAUGGGAGCACGCUUAGCUCACAAGGUGAUGAGCACGCGCAACCUCCGAAUCGACAACGCCACAUACUGGUCAGAUUCAAAGACAGUACUGCAGUGGCUAACUAUGGACCCCCGUAACUUUCAUCAGUUCGUGAUGCACAGAGUCGCCGAAAUCCUGGAAACAACGCAAAUCGAGCAAUGGCGGUGGGUACCCUCGAAGCUGAACGUAGCAGACGGAGCUACAAAGAUCACCGACCAAACCCAGCAGAAGACGUGGAUAACGGGGCCUGGGUUCCUAAAAGCUGAAUCCAGCCGUUGGCCAACAUCGACAAAGCAGGAGAGCAUCAUCGAUACUUCAGAAAUACGGAAGCAUGUGAUGACAACGUGUGCGAGAUCAGCGGUUAUGUUCAAUGCGCACCAUUUCUCGAGCUGGCGGCGGUUGUAUAAAGCAGUGGCGAUAAUAUUACUGUUCGUCGAUCGGUUACGAGCGAAAUGCGCCAAGCAAGACAUGCCAACAGCCACGACGAUGGACCAUGUGAGGAAAGCGAAAAUACUACUUUAUAAGCAAUCCCAAGCCAUCGCCUUCGCCGAAGAGUUGAAAGUGCUAUCCGCGGGAGCGACGCUGCACAAAGGAAACACAUUGGUCGGAUUGAACGCAUUUGUAGACUACGAUGGAGUACUGCGGGCUAGAGGCAGACUGAACUCAAUUGACAUAGCUGAAGACGCAAUUAUACUAGCUCCAGGAUGCCGGAUAACUAACCUAAUAGCGAGGAGCUUUCACGAGAAGUACCAUCAUCUUGCUCACGAGACUGCAAUAAACGACAUCAAGGCUUCGUUUUACAUCAGCCGCCUCCGAGUGUUGUAUAAAUCCGUGCGGAGUACAUGCCAACGGUGCAAGGUUGACAGUGCAGCUCCCAGACCACCCCAGAUGGCACCGAUUCCGAGAGCAAGAAUAGGAAGCUUCCAAAGACCGCGCAAGGAGAAGAGAUGGGAAGCUCUGUUCACCUGCCUCACGUUGCGCGCGGUGCAUUUCGAGAUCGCCUAUAGUCUUGACACAAGUUCAUGCAUCAUCUCCAAUUGUAUGGCGCUUCGAGGGACUCCAAAGGAAAUAUUCUCAGACAAUGGUACGAACUUCAGAGCCACGGAAAAAGCCGUGCGAGAAGAGCUGAAAAAGAUCGAGCACGAUAAGAUCACCAUUAAGUUCGAUGGCAUAAAGUGGCGAUUCAACCCACCAGGAGCACCACACAUGGGUGGAGCAUGGGAGAGACUUGUCCGUACAACAAAAGGAAUUUUGAAAAACAUCUGCCCAAGUUACUCCUUCAACGACGAGGGCCUGAGAAACGCCUUGGUGGAGGCACAAUUUAUCAUCAACUCGCGACCGCUCACGUUCGUAAGUCUGAACACUGAGGAUGACGCCGCUCUGACCCCGAACCACCUACUGUUGGGGUCAGCGAAUGGAUACAAGCCACUACCAAAGGAAGGGAUGAAUCUGCAGCCUAGAUGGAUUGAGACUCAGCGCUUCGGGGACCGUUUUUGGCAGCGAUGGAUUAAAGAGUAUGCGCCCGUAUUAACCAGGCGCACCAAAUGGUUCGAGAAGGUACCUCCCAUAACCAUUGGGAGCAUCGUAGUCAUCGUAGAUGAGCUUCUACCCAGGAACUUGUGGUUAAAGGGACGAGUGAUCGACACAAUGAUGGCCAAGGAUGGACAAGUUCGACGAGUGACUAUAAAGACCCAGCACCGCGUUUUGGAAAGACCAGCAACGAAGAUAGCGGUUUUGGACGGCGGCUUGGAGGAUGGUAACUGA